AGUAGUAGUAGUUGUACCUACGUGCUUCAGCUCUUUUCAAUUAACGCGUUAAUUUCAUAAAAUCCGGUCUGAACUGAACAAUAAUUGUUUAUCGUUUAUAUUUUUAUUUUCGCUGUAUUGUAUAAACAUCUAAUUGGUAUCAUAAACUUAUUAUGCCAAAUCAACCAAUUACAGUUAACUUUCAACGAUCAAGUCCCUCUCUCACGGUCGAAUUCGUUUAGUUCUUUCUUUGCGUAACAGUGUUCAAUAAUAUUUUAUUUAUCGUGCAUUUAUAUUUUUAAUAUUACUGAUAGUAGGUACCUAUAUAAAUUAUAUAAUAACUUAGUAUAUAUUAUUUUCAGAUUUUUAAAUAUUUCCGACAAUUGUUAAUCAACAUCUUGAUGCAUUAGUACGUCUCUAGUAUUAGCAAAACAUCAGUUUAUAAUUCAUUUUUUUAGUUUUCAUUCAUUAAGUUAUUAUAGCAAUACGGUUUAAAUGAUUUUAUUUCACGCGAGUUAAGUGACUGGAAUUAAUAAAAUGACAAAUACCUCGUUGUUUAAAAUAAGAAACCUGAAAGGAUUUAGUGCUAUUCAUGGUAAAAAAAUUUAUCAAAGAUUUUCGAGGAAUAAUCACUGGUCGAAGUACAGCUACGCCUGUGGGGCCUCGAGUGAUCCGCUCAAAGCUUAUACGAUCGGAGGAAUUUUCAAUGACGCCGUGCAACAGACUCCGGACCGAGAGUUUUUGGUCAGUCGACACGAGAACAAGCGAUACACUUUCGCCGCCAUGGAUUCCGAGGUGGAUAAGCUGUGUAAGAGCUUUAAUGCCAUUGGCCUCAAGCACGGUGACCGAGUCGGAAUAUGGAUGCCCAAUUGUGCGUUUUACUAUACGGUGAUUAUCGCCACAGCUCGUCUGGGACUGAUUUUGGUAAACGUCAAUCCAGCUUAUCAGAGCGACGAACUGAAACACAGCUUAACACUGGCUAAAGUGAAGUGUCUGGUGACCUUAGAGAAGUUCAAGACCCAAAACUAUCCGGAAAUAUUGGAGAAGGUCGAUCCGGACAUUUGGAAGCGACCGCCCAAUACACAGGUUAAGUCAAAAACGUUGCCCACGCUGGAAUCGGUUAUUUUUGACUCAGAAAACUGUUUAAACGGUGCCUUUAAUUUACAAACGUUCUUUGACCUGGGUUCCAAUACAAAUUAUAGUAUCCCUAAAGUACAACCAGACGAGGGAUGUAAUAUUCAGUUUACUUCAGGUACCACUGGAAAGCCAAAAGCAGCAUUGUUGAAUCACUUUGGGCUAAUUAACAACGCUUACUUUAUCAUGAAGCGUUUAGGGAUCUACAAUGAUGUCAAAAAAGGUCAAUUACAUAAAUUCUGCUGUCCAAUGCCUCUAUUUCAUACUUUUGCUUUAUCCAUCGCCGUCGUUGCACCAUUGGUUACCAAAUCAGCAGUUUAUUUACCGUCAGCCCAUUUUGAUCCAAAAGCUACGGUCGAUGUUCUUACGAAAGAAAAGUGUACAUUUAUAUUUGGUACGCCGACAAUACACGUGGACACCAUGUCUGCUUUCGAAAAACUUCCACCAGAGCAACAAGAUAACGACAUGAAGAUCGCAAUCACCGGUGGUGCUCCAUGUUCUCCGAUUUUGAUGUCCAAGUUCAAGAACAUGUUUCCACGCGCUAAAAUAUUGAGUUUAUUUGGGAUGACUGAAACGAGUCCCAGUUCGUUUCAAAAUUUGUCAAACGAUUCAGAUGAACGAAUACAAUCGACAAUGGGUUUCAUACAGGAUCACGUGGAGGCUAAAGUUGUUGAUGCUAAUGGCGAUAUGGUACCUUUCGGAACACCCGGGGAAUUGUUGAUUCGUGGAUACCUAAAUAUGAAUGGUUACUUUAACGACGAAGAGAAGACAAAAGAAACAAUUGAUUCGAAAGGGUGGCUACACACGGGGGAUCAAUUCGUUUUGUACGAAGACGGGUAUGGCAAUCACGUUGGCAGAUUGAAAGAAAUGAUUAUCCGUGGUGGUGAAAACCUAUUUCCCAAAGAGAUAGAAUAUUUUUUGGAGUCUCAUCCUUCGAUUUCACAAGUUCAAGUAUACGGUAUACCCGACGAACGGAUGGGUGAAGAAGUGUGUGCCAGCGUCAUCGUCAAAGAAGGGGCUACAGUCACCGAAGCCGACAUAAAAGCGUACAGCAAAGGAAAGAUCGCCCAUUUCAAGAUCCCCAAACACAUAUUCAUCGAAAAGGACGCGUUCCCGAUGACGGCUUCAGGCAAAGUGCAGAAGUAUAGAUUAAGAGAAAUGGCGAUACAACGGAUUUCGAGCCUUACCUAA